ACAAAUGUGACUCCUAGGUUUAAAGUGAAGGUGUUAGUUGAGGAUUCCACUGGUAUUUUUAUUUUUGUCCUCUUUGAUCGUGAGGCAAGUUACCUACUGAAUAAGACUUGUGCCCAGCUGUUUGAACAUCUUAAGGAUGUUGAUGUUGUGUUUGGCACACAGUCUCCUCCUAUGUUCCAAGAAAUUGUUGGAAAAACUAUGCUGUUCAAGGUUCUUAGUAGGCCUGUUGGGAUGGAGAAAUUCAAAGGGACUUAUCCAGUGAGGCGUGUUUGUGAUGAUGCUGCAAUACUUGGAAUGUUUGAGCUCUCUAGUUCAGAUUUGAUUUCUGAAAAGGCUGGGUUUGUACCAAAAGGAGAUGGAUCAUUUGGGGAACCCUCUAAGGUUACCAAAUCACUGAAUUUGGGAUUGACUCCUUCCAGCUGCUCCGAGCUCUUUGCUGGUUCGCCUCAAUGUACCCAACCAGAAUCAAGUGUUGUUGAUUUGGGAGCUGAUGAAGAUGCUAAGUGUCCUCUCUUCAAGAGAAAGUCUGCUGAUGCUGUGGUGGAUAAGUUUAAUGAAGUGGAUAGUUCUGAAAAGUCAUGUGAUGAAGUUGAUGAAAGUGAAGAGUAUGUGGAUGGCGUUAAUAUAGGUUGUGUUGAUGCUGAGAAAGAUGUGAAGCCUUCGUUGAAGAAGUUGAGAAGAUCCUUGAGGCUGCAAUUUGAUGAAGCUGAUGAGUCUCGUGGCUCGGGGAAUGAUGGCUCCUCUGGACAUGGGGUUAAUUGAGAUGGCUGCCCAUGGCAGUUAACUAGAGCUACUGAUUAGGACUAAUCUAGGGCAUUAGGUAUUUUGGUUGUGUCCAUGUAAUAACAUUUGAUGCAUUUGAUUGUAGUGUAUGAGAAUAUUUGUGUGUUUUCAUGUUUUGUAUAAGUUGUUUGGAUUGUUUUUUGGGCAUCUUUCUCAUGUAAUAGAUUAAGUGCUAGGGUGUAGACACAAUAUCAUUAGCCAUUAGGCAAAUUAGCUAUUUAGCCCUUUAUAUUUGUACUUAUUUCUUUGAAAUUCAAUAAAAUGCAGUAGCUCUUUAAUGA